AUGGCUUCAGAGGAGGCAGCGAUCACCAUGGUGAACUACUAUACCACAGCAACUCCUCACGUCCGCAACCAGCCUGUCUACAUCCAGUACUCCAACCACCGCGAGCUCAAGACAGACAACCUGCCCAAUCAGGGGGUGAGUACAGUCCAACCUGACCAAUCAUAGACUGAAUCCACUGCAUGUACAUUACAACCUCACCAAUCAGGGGGGUGAGUACCAUAUAGCCUGACCAAUCAGGGCCUCAGUCCAUCAUGUAUGCUAUUGCUCCCACGGUUGACCGGGCUCUAUCUGAACUACAGUCUACCUUCAUUGUAUUACAGAUAAACUUAAUUGACCUGAAAUUAGUAUUGAAUGCAGGUGAAACUAAGUACACUGAACAGAAGUUCAGCAGCAAAAAAAGAAAUAUAUAUAUAUAUAUAUAAUAGAAUUAUUGUAAAAUUAACUCUGUCCAUAAGGUGUAGAUAGUAAGUAUAGACCGGAAGUAGAGGCCUGGGCAUUGUUGUUCACUAAUUUACUCCAAGUAGGGAAAGGAUGGUGGGGUUGAAAAGUAAUAAAGGGGAGUAUAUAUAUAAAAAAACAUGGGGGAUUGGAAGUGAUGCAGACAAUUACAUUGAUAGAAGAUACAAUCUAUCUGCAAUAUUAAGCUGAUCCAUUCCCCUACAUUUUUUUUACAAAAAUUAUACAAGAAAAAAAUAAAACAUAUAUAUUUUUUUUAAAGGACACUGAACAAAAAUAUAAACGCAACAUGCAACAAUGUCAAAGAUUUUACUGAGUUACAGUUCAUAUAAGAAAAAUCAGUCAAUUGAAAUAAAUAAAUUAGGUCAUAAUCUAUGGAUUUCACAUGACUGGGAAUACAAAUAUGCAUCUGUUGGUCACAGAUACCUUUAAAAAAAAGGUAAUAUCAGAAAACCAGUCAGUAUCUGGUGUGACCACCAUUUGCCUCAUGCAGCGCGACACAUCUCCUUCGCAUAGAGUUGAUCAGGCUGUUGAUUGUGGCCUGUUGAAUGUUGUCCCACUCCUCUUCAAUGGCUGUGCGAAGUUGCUGGAUAUUGGCGGGAACUGGAACACGCUGUCGUACACGUCAGUCCAGAGGAUCCCAAACAUGCUCAAUGGGUGUCAUGUCUGGUGAGUAUGCAGGCCAUGGAAGAACUGGGACAUUUCCAGCUUCCAGGAAUUGUGUACAGAUUCUUGCGACAUGGGGGCGUGUAUUAUCAGGGUGAAACAUGAGGUGAUGGCGGCGGAUGAAUGGCACGACAAUGGGCCUCAAGAUCUCGUCACGGUAUCUCUGUGCAUUCAAAUUGCCAUCGAUAAAAUGCAAUUGUGUUCGUUGUCUGUAGCUUAUGCCUGCCCAUGCCAUAACCCAGGAUUCCCCAACUGGCGGCCCAUGGGCCAAAUUUGGCCCGCCGGUGGUUUUAUUUGGCCCCCAAAGUUUUCUGAGCAUAAACAUUUUUAAAUAUAUUUUUUAUUUAUUUGUGUUGUUGGACAGUGAUUUUAAUUUAGGAAAUCUGCUCCAAUCAUUCCCACCCAUACAUAGUACAGAGGUUUGAAAUUAUUGUUUUAGUCAAAUAUUAUAUCUGUUUGGGCUUCUUGCGGUCGUUCAAUUUGCAGUCUACAAAUUAUUUGCAAUUAUGUACCGGCCCCCUGACCAUCCACUCAAGAAAAAAACUGGCCCGCGGUGGAAUCUAGUUGAUGAUCCCUGCCAUAACCCCACCGCCACCAUGGGGCACUCUGUUCACAACGUUGACAUCAGCAAACCUCUUGCCCACACAACGCCAUACACGUGGUCUGCGGUUGUGAGGCCGGUUGGACGUACUGCCAAAUUGGUAGAGAAAUGAACAUUAAAUUAUCUGGCAACAGCUCUGGUGGACAUUCCUGCAGUCAGAAUGCCAAUUGCACGCUCCCUCAAAACUUGAGACUUCUGUGGCAUUGUGUUGUGUGACAAAACUCAUUUUAGAGUGGCCUUUUAUUGUCCCCAGCACAAGGUGCACCUGCGUAAUGAUCAUGCUGUUUAAUCAGUUUCUUGAUAUGGCCACACCUGUCAGGUGGAUGGUUAUCUUGGCAAAGGAGAAAUGCUCACUAACAGGGAUGUAAACCAAUUUGUACACAAAAUCUGAGAGAAAAGAAAACAAAUUGCAUAUGGAAAAUUUCUGGGAUCUUUUAUUUCAUAAAACAUGGGACAAACACUUUACAUUUUGUGUUUUUAUUUUUGUUCAAUGUACAAUAAAAGCUACCCAAUCAGGAGGUGAGUCCACUGCAUGUACAGUCCAACCUAUAAACUCAAACAUAUAGACUCAAUGGUUACUAAAAUGGGAAGAGGUCUGUCCAUGAUAAUGCGUCGCUCUGCCUUCUUGACAUCUCAGUCGACCAGACAGGUCCUACAGGCCCUAGUUUUGUUGCACCUGGACUGCUGCCCAGUUGUGUGGUCAUGUGCAGCAAAGAAGGAUUUAGGAAAAUUACGUUGUGUCCAGAACAAAGCAGCACGUAUUGCACUUAGAUGUACACGGAGGGUGAAUGUUAAUAACAUGCAUGUCAAUCUGGCUCGAAGUUGAGGAGAGAUUGACUGCAUCACUAUUGGUCUUUGUGCGAGGUAUUGAUGUGUUGAAGGUACCGAAGUGUCUGUUGAAGCAGUUGGCACACAUUUCGGACACUCGUCGGUGCAACACAAGACAUGCCACCAGGGGUCUCUUCACAGUCCCCAGGUCCAGAACAGACUCUGGGAAACACACAGUACUAAAUAGAGCCAUGACUACAUGGAACUCUCUUCCACAUCAAGUAACUCAAGCUAGCAAUGAAGUCAGAUAAAAAAAUAACUGUUAAAAUAACAUCUUAUGGCACAACAGGGACUGUGAAGAGACACAGAAAUUUUUGUAUUGUAAUUUGCACUUUCUUAUGUACAGCUGAAGUCGGCGGUUUACAUACACUUAGGUUGGAGUCAUUAAAACUCAUUUUUCAACCACUCCACACAUUUCUUGUUAACAAACUAUAGUUUUGGCAAGUCGGUUAGGACAUCUACUUUGUGCAUGACACAAUAAAACAUUUCCAACAAUUGUUUACAGACAGAUUAUUUCACUUAUAAUUCACUGUAUCACAAUUCCAGUGGGUCAGAAGUUUACAUACACUUAGUUGACUGUGCCUUUAAACAGCUUGGAAGAUUCCAGAAAAUGAUGUUAUAGCUUUAGAAGCUUCUGACACCACGCAGCCGUCAUACCAUUCAGGAAGGAAACGCGUUCUGUCUCCUAGAGAGUAACAUACUUUUGUGCGAAAAGUGCAAAUCAAUCCCAGAACAACAGCAAAGGACCUUGUGAAGAUGCUGGAGGAAACAGGUAUCUAUAGUGAGGGAAAAAAGUAUUUGAUCCCCUUCUGAUUUUGUACGUUUGCCCACUGACAAAGACAUGAUCAGUCUAUAAUUUUAAUGGUAGGUUUAUUUGAAUAGUGAGAGACAGAAUAACAACAAAAAAAUCCAGAAAAAGCAUGUCAAAAAUGUUAUAAAUUGAUUUGCAUUUUAAUGAGGGAAAUAAGUAUUUGACCCCUCUGCAAAACAUGACUUAGUACUUGGUGGCAAAACCCUUGUUGGCAAUCACAGAGGUCAGACAUUUCUUGUAGUUGGCCACCAGGUUUGCACACAUCUCAGGAGGGAUUUUGUCCCACUCCUCUUUGCAGAUCUUCUCCAAGUCAUUAAGGUUUCGAGGCUAACGUUUGGCAACUCGAACCUUCAGCUCCCUCCACAGAUGUUCUAUGGGAUUAAGGUCUGGAGACUGGCUAGGCCACUCCAGGACCUUAAUGUGCUUCUUCUUGAGCCACUCCUUUGUUGCCUUGGCCGUGUGUUUUGGGUCAUUGUCAUGCUGGAAUACCCAUCCACGACCCAUUUUCAAUGCCCUGGCUGAGGGAAAGAGGUUCUUAACCAAGAUUUGACGGUACAUGGCCCCGUCCAUCGUCCCUUUGAUGCGGUGAAGUUGUCCUGUCCCCUUAGCAGAAAAACACCCCCAAAGCAUAAUGUUUCCACCUCCAUGUUGCCUUGAGAUCAUUGACAAGAUCCUCCCGUGUAGUUCUGGGCUGAUUCCUCACCGUUCUCAUGAUCAUUGCAACUCCACGAGGUGAGAUCUUGCAUGGAGCCCCAGGCCGAGGGAGAUUGACAGUUCUUUUGUGUUUCUUCCAUUUGCGAAUAAUCGCACCAACUGAUGUCACCUUCUCACCAAGCUGCUUGGCGAUGGUCUUGUAGCCCAUUCUAGCCUUGUGUAGGUCUACAAUCUUGUCCCUGACAUCCUUGGAGAGCUCUUUGGUCUUGGCCAUGGUGGAGAGUUUGGAAUCUGAUUGAUUGAUUGCUUCUGUGGACAGGUGUCUUUUAUACAGGUAACAAACUGGGAUUAGGAGCACUCCCUUUAAGAGUGUGCUCCUAAUCUCAGCUCGUUACCUGUAUAAAAGACACCUGGGAGCCAGAAAUCUUUCUGAUUGAGAGGGGGUCAAAUACUUAUUUCCCUCAUUAAAAUGCAAAUCUAUUUAUAACAUUUUUGACAUGCAUUUUUCUGGAUUUUUUUGUUGUUAUUCUGUCUCUCACUGUUCAAAUAAACCUACCGUUAAAAUUAUAGACUGAUCAUUUCUUUGUCAGUGGGCAAACAACAAAAAUCAGCAGGGGAUCAAAUACUUUUUUCCCUCACUGUAUAUCCGCGAGUCCUAUAUCGACAUAACCUGAAAGGCCGCUCAGCAAGGAAGAAGCCACUGCUCCAAAACCACCAUAAAAAAGCCAGACUACGGUUUGCAACUGCACAUGGGGACAAAGAUCGUACUGUUUGGAGAAAUGUCCUCUGGUCUGUUGAAACAAAAAUAGAACUGUUUGGCCAUAAUGAACAUUGUUAUGUUUGGAGGAAAAAGGGGAAGGCUUGCAAGCCGAAGAAUACCAUCCCAACUGUGAAGCACGUGGGUGGCAGCAUCAUGCUGUGGGGGUGCUUUGCUGCAGGAGGGACUGGUGCACUUCACAAAAUAGAUGGCAUCAUGAGGAAGAAAAUUAUGUGGAUAUAUUGAAGCAACAUCUCAAGACAUCAGUCAGGAAGUUAAAUCUUGGUCGCAAAUGGGUCUUCCAAAUGGACAAUGACCCCAAGCAUACUUCCAAAGUUGUGGCAAAAUGGCUUAAGGACAACAAAAUCAAGGUAUUGGAGUGGCCAUCACAAAGCCUUGACCUCAAUCCUAUAGAAAAUGUGUGGGCAGAACUGAAAAAGCGUGUGCGAGCAAGGAGGCCUACAAACCUGACUCAGUUACACCAGCUCUGUCAGGAGGAAUGGGCCAAAAUUCACCCAACUUAUUGUGCGAAGCUUGUGGAAGGCUACCCGAAACAUUUUGACCCAAGUUAAACAAUUUAAAGGCAAUGCUACCAAAUACUAAUUGAGUGUAUGUAAACUUCUGACCCACUGGGAAUGUGAUGAAAUAAAUAAAAGCUGAAAUAAAUCGUUCUCUCUACUAUUAUUCUGACAUUUCACAUUCUUAAAAUAAAGUGGUGAUCCUAACUGACCUAAGACAGGGAAUUUUUACCAGGAUUAAAUGUCAGGAAUUGUGAAAAGAGUUUAAAUGUAUUUGGCUAAGGUGUAUGUAAACUUCCGACUUCAACUGUAUGUAUGUGUAUAUAUAUAUAUAUAUAUAUAUACUUACAUACACACAAACAUACAGUCAAAAGUUUGGACACGCCUCAUUCAAGGGUUUUUAUUUAUUUAUUUUUUACUAUUUUCUAAACUUCCGACUUCAACUGUACCCCUGAACAGCCACUGUGACUGCGUCCCAAAUGGCAUCUUAUUCCCUAGAUAGUGCACUAUUUUAGACCAGAGUUCUGGUCAAAACUAGUGCACUGGGGCCUCCCGAGUGGCGCAGCGGUUUAAGGCACUGCAUCACAGUGCUUGAGGUGUCACUACAGACCCGGGUUCGAUCCCAGGCUGUGUCACAUUCAAGUUUUUUAAAACUAUUUUCUACAUUGUAGAAUAAUAGUGACGACAUCAAAACUAUGAAAUAACACAUAUGGAAUCAUGUAGUAACCAAAAAAGUGUUAAACAAAUAUUUUAUAUUUGAGAUUCUUCAAAUAGCCACCCUUUGCCUUGAUGACAGAUUUGCACACUCUUGGCAUUCUCUCAACCAGCUUCACCUGGAAUGCUUUUCCAACAGUCUUGAAGGAGUUCACACAUAUGCUGAGCACUUGUUGGCUGCUUUUCCUUCACUCUGCGGUCCGACUCAUCCCAAACCAUCUCAAUUGAAUUGAGGUCAGGUGAUUGUGAAGGCCAAGGUCAUCUGAUGCAGCACUCCAUCACUCUCCUUCUUGGACAAAUAGCCUUUACACAGCCUGGAGGUGUGUUGGGUCAUUGUCCUGUUGAGCGCAAACCAGAUGGGAUGCUGUAUCGCUGCAGAAUGCUGUGGUAGCCAUGCUGGUUAAGUGUGCCUUGAAUUGUAAAUAAAUCACAGACAGUGUCACCAGCAAAGCACCCCCACACCAUCACACCUCCUCCUACAUGCUUCACGGUGGGAACCACACAUGCGGAGAUCAUCCGUUCACCUAUUCUGCGUCUCACAAAGACACGGCGGUUGGAUCCAAAAUCUCACAUUUGGACUCAGACCAAAGGACAGAUUUCCACCGGUCUAAUGUCCAUUGCUCGUGUUUCUUGGCCCAAGCAAGUCUGUUCUUCUUAUUGGUGUCCUUUAGUAGUGGUUUCUUUGCAGCAAUUUGACCAUGAAGGCCUGAUUCACGCAGUCUCCUCUGAACAGUUGAUGUUGAGAUGUGUCUGUGACUUGAACUCUGUGAAGCAUUUAUUUGGGCUGCAAUCUGAGGUGCAGUUAACUCUAAUGAACUUAUCCUCUGCAGCAGAGGUAACUGGGUCUUCCUUUCCUGUGAUGGUCCUCAUGAGAGCCAGUUUCAUCAUUGCGCUUGAUGGUUUUUGAGACUGCACUUGAAGAAACAUUUUCAGGAUUGACUGACCUUCAUGUCUUAAAGUAAUGAUGGACUGUCAUUUCUCUUUGCUUAUUUGAGCUGUUCUUGACAUAAUAUGGACAGGGUCUUUUACCAAAUAGGGCUAUCUUCUUUAUACCAACCGUACCUUGUCGCAACACAACGCAUUAAGAAGGAAAGAAAUUCCACAAAUUAACUUUUAACAAGGCACAACUGUUAAUUGAAAUGCAUUCCAGGUGACUACCUCAUGAAGCUGGUUGAGAGAAUGCCAAGAGUGUGCAAAGCUGUAAUCAAGGCAAAGGGUGGCUACUUUGAAGAAUCUCAAAUAUAAAAUAUAUUUUUAUUUGUUUAACACUUCUUUGGUUACUACAUGAUUCCAAAUGUGUUAUUUCAUAGUUUUGAUGUUGUCACUAUUAUUCUACAAUGUAGAAAAUAGUAAAAAUAAAGAAAAACCCUGGAAUGAGAAGGUCAAAUCAAAUUUGAUUUGCCACAUGCGCCGAAUACAACAGGUGUAGACAUUACCGUGAAAUGCUUACUUACAAGCCCUUAACCAACAAUGCAUUUAUUCCUUAAUUAAAAAGUUUAAUAAAACAACAACAAAAAAAGUGUUGAGAAAAAAAGAGCAGAAGUAAAAUAAGAUAACAGUAUGGAGGCUAUAUAUACAGGGUCCAAACUUUUUACCGGUAGUGUAUAUAAAAUAAAGCUAGUGCACUAUACAGUAUAGUGAAUAGGAUGCCAUUUGGGAGGUGUGUGUGUGAGAUAUGACCUUUCCAGCACCAGGUCUGUCCAGUCCAGUCUGUUGUCUCUAGCCACUUUAGCGGUUCAUGUUACAACACACACAAUGGAUGACCAGGGAAACCCUCUCGCUCUGCCUCUCGCUCUGUCUGACCACACGGAUGCAUCCCAAAUGGGACCCUAUUCCCUAUAUAGUGCACUACUUUUGACAAGGGCCCAUAGUGCUAUGGUCAAAAGUAGUGCACUGUACAGGGAAUAGGGUGCCAUUCGAGAUGCAGUCGUGCAUGUCUGCUGUCUGGCUCUGCUGCUAUCAAUGUCCUCACUAUCAAUGUCCUCUCUAUCAAUGUCCUCUCUAUCAAUGUCCUCACUAUCAAUGUCCUCUCUAUCAAUGUCCUCUAUAUCAAUGUCCUCACUAUCAAUGUCCUCUCUAUCAAUGUCCUCUCUAUCAAUGUCCUCACUAUCAAUGUCCUCACUAUCAAUGUCCUCACUAUCAAUGUCCUCUCUAUCAAUGUCCUCUCUAUCAAUGUCCUCACUAUCAAUGUCCUCUCUAUCAAUGUCCUCUCUAUCAAUGUCCUCUCUAUCAAUGUCCUCACUAUCAAUGUCCUCUCUAUCAAUGUCCUCACUCUCAAUGUCCUCUUAUCAAUGUCCUCUCUAUCAAUGUCCUCUCUAUCAAUGUCCUCUCUAUCAAUGUCCUCUACUAUCAAUGUCCUCUCAGUCUCAUCAAUGUCCUCUCAUCAAUGUCCUCUCUAUCAAUGUCUCUCUAUCAAUGUCCUCUAUAAUGUCCUCUUAUCAAUGUCCUCUCUAUCAAUGUCCUCUCUAUCAAUGUCCUCCAUCAAUGUCCUCUAUAUCAAUGUCCUCUCUAUCAAUGUCCUCUCAUCAAUGUCUCUCUAUCAAUGUCCUCUCAUCAAUGUCCUCUCUAUCAAUGUCCUCUAUAUCAAUGUCCUCUAUAUCAAUGUCCUCUAUAUCAAUGUCCUCUCUAUCAAUGUCCUCUAUAUCAAUGUCCUCUAUAUCAAUGUCCUCUAUAUCAAUGUCCUCUAUAUCAAUGUCCUCUCUAUCAAUGUCCUCUAUAUCAAUGUCUGUUAUAUGUUAUUGAUUGUUUGUUGUCAUGGUAAACCCAAUGUGUAAAUACUAUGUGGUGAGCAGCAUUAUGACGUUAAUAAGUUAUAUCACUUAUGAUUAUUGUUUGUUUGGGGUAUUAUUAAACCCAACAUCCCCCUCUCCUCUCCUCCCUCCCCCCUCUCCUAUGGGGUAUUAUUAAACCCAACAUCCCCCUCUCCUCUCCUCCCUCCCCCCCUAACAGAGAGUUCAGGCAGCGUUGCAGGCGGUCAAUGCAGUGACGUUGGGUGGUUCAGCAUCUGUUGGUGACGGAACCCUGAUGCCAGGACAAAGCCCCGUGCUGCGCAUCAUCGUAGAAAACCUCUUCUACCCUGUAUCACUGGAGGUCCUACACCAGGUAACCCUGACCUAUAACCCCUAACCUCUUCUACCCUGUAUCACUGGAGGUCCUACACCAGGUAACCCUGACCUAUAACCCCUAACCUCUUCUACCCUGUAUCACUGGAGGUCCUACACCAGGUAACCCUGACCUAUAACCCCUAACCUCUUCUACCCUGUAUCACUGGAGGUCCUACACCAGGUAACCCUGACCUAUAACCCCUAACCUCUUCUACCCUGUAUCACUGGAGGUCCUACACCAGGUAACCCUGACCUAUAACCCUAACCUCUUCUACCCUGUAUCACUGGAGGUCCUACACCAGGUAACCCUGACCUAUAACCCCUAACCUCUUCUACCCUGUAUCACUGGAGGUCCUACACCAGGUAACCCUGACCUAUAACCCCUAACCUCUAACUAACCCCGGUCCCCUGAUUAGAUGACUGGUUGACUUAUUGACUGAUUCAUUGAUUGAUGGAUGCUCAAAGUACUUCACAUAGUAAAGGGGAAACUCUUUUCAUCCCAGUCUUGGAAUAAUACUCCUCCCUAAAGUAUGGCGAUGAGUAGCCAGAGAGUUUAUAUGAACUGGGUUGUGUUUUUUGCCUCCAUAGAUCUUCUCUAAGUUCGGGACUGUCCUGAAGAUCAUCACUUUCACCAAGAACAACCAGUUCCAAGCCCUGCUACAAUAUGCUGACCCUAUGAAUGCCCACCACGCCAAAGCGGUACGUAGUCAAAAACACCCCUUCAUAUUGACGACAGAAAGGCAUACCUCUGUUUGUACUAUCAGGAGCAUAUGGGGUUGAAAUGGCUAGGCUAUUUCUUUGGCUCUGGAGGCUACAUGGAUGUCAGACAACUUGAUUUAUCCUCUAAACCAGAGGAGGAGCAGCAGUCAGAAGAGGAAGGAGAGAGCAUAA